UGAAUCCCCAGGGUUUCCGACACUGGUCCCGCGAUGUCGGGCCGCUUCUAUGGCGCGGAGCAAUUCAACCCGCGCAAGAUUACCACCCAGAUCUUGGUGAUGCAAAGCUCGUUCUGGCUUUGCUUGGGCUCCUGUGUGGCCAUGGGUGAUUUGUUUUGGGGUGAGGAGCAAGGUGCUGCACAGCUUUUUCAACCAGAGGCCUACACCUGGACAACGACUCGUGGGUUGAUCUUAACCUUUGCCUUGUGGUUCACUUCUUUGAUCAUGGCCAUUGAGCUACGCUUUGUGGUGCAACGAGCCAAGAAAUGCUUGGACUUCGUCGCGACCUACCAUAUUUUUCACCUCAUUGCCACCUGCUUUGCUGAAGGUUUCCCAGCCACCGGCGAAUGGUGGAUCAUCCAGAUCCCUGCGAUACUCACGGCUGUUCUGCUGGGCGAGUACAUGUGCAUGCAAGCAGAAACCAGAGACAUCACGCUGGGCAACAAAGGAGGCAAGAAAACCUCCAAGCCCAGCUUCGAUGAGAUUUAAAAAGAGUAUGCCGCCAUUCUGCGAGAGGUCAGGACUAGCCGGGCUUACUUUUUGGGCUGCACAAAUGGACAUCAUUGGACAUUGGAUACUUCAAGUCGCAAAUCUUUUGAGUGGGAGGUCUCACAUGCUACUCCUAAG